ACAGCAGCCCAGGCGGUUUUAUUUAUGUGCAUGAAUACCGCUGGGAUUUUCAUCAGCUACCUAUCCGAUCGAGCUCAACGCCAAGCCUUUUUAGAAACCCGAAGAUGUGUAGAAGCUCGCCUGCGGCUGGAGACCGAAAAUCAGCGGCAGGAGCGGCUGGUUCUGUCUGUGUUACCUCGAUUUGUUGUGCUAGAGAUGAUUAACGACAUGGGCACUGUGGAGGACGAACACUUACAACACCAGUUCCAUAAGAUCUAUAUCCACCGUUAUGAAAACGUCAGCAUUCUAUUUGCAGAUGUGAAAGGAUUUACCAAUCUCUCUACAACAUUAUCGGCUCAAGAGCUGGUCCGGAUGCUGAAUGAACUUUUUGCCAGAUUCGAUCGCUUAGCACACGAACAUCACUGCCUCAGAAUUAAGAUCCUGGGAGACUGCUACUAUUGUGUAUCUGGGCUUCCAGAGCCUCGGCAGGAUCAUGCUCACUGUUGCGUUGAAAUGGGACUCAGCAUGAUCAAAACCAUCAGGUAUGUUCGGUCAAGGACAAAGCAUGAUGUGGACAUGAGGAUCGGCAUACACUCUGGAUCUGUGCUGUGUGGGGUUCUGGGUCUGCGGAAAUGGCAAUUUGAUGUCUGGUCGUGGGAUGUAGACAUUGCAAACAAACUUGAGUCAGGUGGAAUACCUGGGCGAAUCCACAUAUCCAAAGCGACUCUAGAUUGUCUCAAUGGGGAUUAUAAAGUGGAGGAAGGACAUGGCAAAGAACGCAAUGAGUUUUUGAGGAAACACAACAUCGAGACCUACCUGAUCAAACAGCCCGAGGAAAGCCUGCUGACUUUACCCGAAGACAUUGUCAAAGAGUCUAUCCCUUCUUCAGACAGGAGAAACAGCGGAGCGACGUUCACGGAAGGAUCCUGGAGCCCCGAGCUUCCUUUUGAUAACAUCGUGGGAAAGCAGCAUACUCUGGCUGCCCUAACAAGAAAUUCAAUAAAUCUGCUUCCAAACCAUCUUGCACAAGCUUUGCAUGUCCAGUCUGGGCCUGAGGAAAUUAACAAGAGAAUAGAACACACCAUCGACUUGCGGAGUGGCGAUAAGUUGAGAAGAGAGCAUAUCAAGCCUUUUUCCCUGAUGUUUAAAGACUCUGGCCUGGAACAUAAGUACUCCCAAAUGAGGGACGAGGUGUUCAAGUCAAACUUGGUGUGUGCAUUCAUUGUCCUGGUAUUUAUCACCGCCAUCCAAAGUCUACUUCCUUCUUCGAAAAUGAUCCCGAUGAUUGUCCAGUUUUCGAUUCUAAUUAUAUUACAUUCAGCUCUCGUGCUGAUAACCACUGCAGAGGAUUACAAAUGUUUACCCCUGGUGCUCCGGAAAACUUGCUGCUGGAUUAAUGAGACCUACCUGGCCCGAAAUGUCGUCAUCUUUGCUUCAAUUAUGAUUAAUUUCCUGGGAGCCGUCAUCAAUAUUCUCUGGUGUGACUUGGACAAACAACUGCCUUUUAAGAAUCAAACUUUCAACUCUUCGGUAUAUUUUACAGACAUUUGCUCGUAUCCAGAGUAUUUCGUCUUUACCGGUAUCCUGGCUAUGGUGACCUGUGCCGUGUUUCUCCGUCUCAAUUCGGUCCUCAAGUUGGCCGUGCUGCUCAUCAUGAUUGCAAUCUACUGCUUCCUGACUGAGACCAUUUAUGCUUCCCUGUUUCUCCAGUACGAUGACAUCAAUCAUAAUGGAGACACAGAUUUUCUGGGGACGAAAGAAGCUUCAUUGCUCCUUAUGGCCAUGUUCCUGUUAGCUGUAUUUUAUCACGGCCAACAGCUUGAAUACACAGCAAGGCUUGACUUUCUGUGGCGCGGCCAGGCCAAAGAAGAAAUCAAUGAGAUGAAAGAAUUAAGAGAACAUAACGAAAAUAUGCUACGCAAUAUUCUGCCGAGCCACGUAGCCCGUCACUUCCUGGAAAAGGACCGAGAUAAUGAAGACCUCUACUCUCAGUCCUACGAUGCUGUUGGCGUCAUGUUUGCCUCGAUCCCUGGUUUUGCCGACUUCUAUUCCCAGACCGAAAUGAACAACCAGGGGGUGGAGUGCCUGCGCCUGCUGAAUGAAAUCAUCGCUGACUUUGACGAGUUAUUAGGUGAAGAACGAUUUCAGGAUAUUGAAAAAAUUAAAACCAUUGGAAGCACCUAUAUGGCAGUAUCAGGGCUAUCCCCUGAAAAACAGCAGUGUGAAGAUAAGUGGGGCCAUUUAUGCGCCCUGGCAGAUUUCUCCAUUGCACUGAAUGAAAGCAUUCAAGAGAUUAACAAGCAUUCUUUCAACAACUUUGAGCUCCGCAUUGGUAUCAGCCACGGCUCGGUUGUAGCUGGGGUCAUUGGUGCUAAGAAACCACAGUACGAUAUCUGGGGCAAAACUGUUAAUUUAGCUAGCCGAAUGGACAGUACCGGAAUUAGCGGCCGGAUGCAAGUGCCUGAGGAGACCUAUAUGAUCUUGAAGGACCGAGGAUUCGCCUUCGACUAUCGGGGAGAGAUUUACGUCAAGGGCAUCAGCGAGCAAGAAGGCAAAAUCAAAACCUACUUCCUUCUGGGAAGGGUCCAGCCUAACCCUUUGACCAUGCAACCGAGAAAACUAACGGGACAAUAUUCCUUAGCCGCCGUCGUGCUGGGACUCGUGCAAUCUCUGAACAGGCAAAAGCAGAAGCAAAUUUUAAACGAGAACAAUAAUUCAGGCAUCAUUAAGGGUCACUACAACCGGCGGACUUUACUAACUCCGGGCGGAUCCGAGUCAACUGUCCAGGCAGAAGCCGCAGACAAGACGGAUUUGCCAUAAGCCUGCAUCCUCCUUACGAUUACUUUCCUUUUCU